GCUCUAUCAUGGCGGCGCCAUCGGCACUGUGCCAGCGAAUACACUGCCUGCUGCCGUUCUCAGAUUCUACAGGCAGUAUAGGUUCGCUGAGCUCCACAUGUUUCCCGGCGAGGAUUCGAAUUAGUCCGGCGUCAAGAGCCACCAGCUACAGCGCCUCAAAAUUGGUGGUCUCUGUGAGAAAUGUCGAUGAGAAGAUCACUGACGGUGCCUCCCCUGCCAACGGUUCUGUUUCUCCCACAACUACUCGAUCAAAGGUGAGACGGCACACAAUUUCGGUGUUUGUUGGGGAUGAAAGUGGAAUGAUAAAUCGGAUUGCGGGUGUCUUUGCAAGGAGAGGGUACAACAUUGAAUCCCUUGCUGUUGGCCUCAACAAAGACAAGGCACUCUUCACCAUAGUUGUCUCUGGAACUGAAAGGGUAUUGCGACAAGUUAUGGAGCAGCUACAGAAACUUGUGAAUGUUUUGAAGGUUGAAGAUCUAUCAAAUGAGCCCCAGGUAGAACGUGAACUAAUGCUUAUAAAAGUGAAUGCAGACCCAAUGAACCGUGCUGAGAUUAUGUGGUUGGUGGACAUCUUCAGGGCAAGAAUUGUGGAUAUUUCAGAUCACUUGCUAACAAUUGAGGUGACUGGAGAUCCCGGGAAGAUGGCUGCUGUGCAAAGAAAUUUAAGCAAGUUUGGAAUCAAGGAAAUUGCCAGAACCGGAAAGAUUGCCUUGAGAAGGGAAAAGAUGGGUGCAUCUGCUCCAUUCUGGCGAUUCUCAGCUGCAUCAUAUCCAGAUCUUGAAGAGACAAUGGCUGUCAAUGCUCUUGCUGGAGCCAGAGAUAAAGUAGUCUUCACAGAGACUGAUGUCUCUGGAGGGGGUGAUGUUUAUCCAGUGGAGUCAGCUGAUAGCUUUGCAGUCAAUCAAGUUCUUGAUGCUCACUGGGGUGUUCUCAAUGAUGAGGAUACAAGUGGGCUUCGAUCUCAUACCUUAUCCAUGCUUGUAAAUGACUCUCCAGGAGUUCUUAACAUUGUGACAGGGGUUUUUGCAAGAAGAGGAUAUAAUAUUCAGAGUUUGGCUGUGGGACAUGCAGAAGGUGAGGGACUCUCACGCAUCACAACUGUUGUCCCUGGUACAGAUGAAUCAAUUAGCAAAUUGACACAGCAACUCUAUAAGCUAGUAGAUCUGCAUGAGGUUUGGGAUCUUACCCACUUGCCUUUUGCUGAACGAGAGUUAAUGCUGAUAAAGGUUGCUGUGAAUGCUGCUGCUAGAAGAGAUGUACUUGACAUUGCCAACAUUUUUAGGGGCAAGGCUGUUGAUGUGUCUGACCACACAGUCACUCUUGAGCUUACUGGAGAUCUGGACAAGAUGGUAGCUAUACAAAGACUGCUUGAGCCCUAUGGAAUUUGCGAGGUAGCACGAACAGGACGGGUGGCAUUGGCACGAGAGUCAGGUGUGGAUUCUAAGUAUCUUCGUGGAUAUUCACUUCCUCUUUAAUCCGAGACUUUCUGGGAUUGCUUUCAAUAGGAAUAUUUACUCUGUAUAGACAGCUUGCGAGCAUGAAGAUUUUAUUUUUAUUUUGCAUUAUACCUAUGUUGCAAGUAUUUUAAAAUCUAUAAUAUAAUAUUGUUAGAAAUAUAAUUUAAACUUUUGA